AAAGGGAGGAGAGGGUGACAAGAAACCUUUUCGUUUCCCCUCUCUCUCUCUCUCUCUCUCUGCCCUCUUCCUACAGCUCCUCCUCUUUGCCUCCCAUGGAGAAGGCCAUGGCGAUGUCCAUCUUUGUCGUGCUCGUUUCCAUUGUUGGCGGCGCGGGGCUGUCGGAGGCUGCGGUUUACAGCGUCGGGGAUGUGGUGGGUUGGACCAUCUUGGGAAGUCCCAACUACACCGCCUGGGCCAUUUCCAAGAGUUUCAAUAUGGGAGACACCAUAGUGUUCAAGUACAACAAGAACUUCCACAACGUGCUGGAGGUGAGCAAGGCGGACUACAAGGCGUGCAACGCGGCGUCGCCCAUCGCCGCCUACACCUCCGGCAAUGACUCCAUCACGCUGAAGCGCAGGGGCCACCACUUCUUCAUCUGCGGCGUUCCCGGCCACUGUAGCGCCGGCCAGAAGGUGGACGUCAGGAUCGCCAAGCGGACGGCCUCCUCCGCUGCCCCUUCCGUCUCCCCCGCCGCAUCUCCUCUUCCCGCCACCAGCAGCAGCAGCAGCGGCAGCGGCAGCAACAGCAGCGGCGGCGGAGUCGUGCCCAACCCCGCAGCCGCCCCUCGGCCCAGCGGCGCCAACACAGCUACACCCACGGUGUUUGCUUUGGCCCUGACGCUGCUUUACCCUGUUUUUUCUGGAGGCCUCGUUGCGGUGAUCAGUUAGUUUAUGAGGUGUAAUGGAGAUUGAAAUAGAAACGAAUUCAAAGACUCGACCGACGGCAUAAAUUGGAUUUGAAGUUUUAAGUCGAAUGAGUGUUAAAUCGCCUAUAUAUUCGCGGUUUGAUCUUAAAAUAUCAGAAAACAUGGUUUUUUGAUAGGUGUCCGUCUGUUGUUACACUAUAUUUGAGAAUUUAUGAUCCUUUCGGAUGUAUAUGGCUUUGAAAUAAUAUGAAGCAAAAAUUACCUUUAUAUUGGA